AUGUCGCAGACCGCGGAUGCCGAAAGCGAGACCGGCUCCAUUUGCGACGAGGAACGCGUCCGGAAGCUGUUCCAGGCAUGCGACGGCGACGGCGACGGCUACAUCGACAGCCAGGACCUAUUGACGGUGUGCCGGGAAUUGAACCUCGAGAAUUCGGUGGAGGAAUUGAUGCGGGAAUUGGGCGCGGACGAGCACGGUCGCAUUUCCUAUCAGGAGUUCCUUAGGCGGCGUCUGGCCCUGCGACCGGAAAUCGAGGCGCUCAGGGCCGGCAAACGACGUAGCAGUCCGCAUCACACCCACACGCCGGAGUACCUGCCCACCAGCAGCGACAACAGUCUCGGCACCGUGUCGGGACGACAUGAGAGCUGGGAGUUCGACAGCGGUGCCCGUGAUUUGUCGCCGGAACCCCAUAGUCUUCAGAAGCUAGUGGAGGCGGCCGCCGGCGGGACGGGAAACAUGCUGGACCUCGCGAACAAGCUUCACGCGGCCGCGCUCUCCUCGCUGCGGUCCGAGGUGGCCGAGCUGAACUCGCGGCUGGUGGCGGCUACCCGCGCCCGCGAGAACGCCGAGGCCGCGCUGAUGCGGGCGGAGGUGCAGGCGGCCCGCACCGAGCAGCGGGCGGAGCAGCAGUCGGCGCGGCACGAGGAGCGGCUCACCGAGUUGCAUUCCGUCAUCGCCGAGCUCGGCAGGCAGCUGGAGCGGCAUCGCGCCACCGUAAUUGCCGAGGAGGACGAGUCCGAAGUCGAGACGAGCAGAGACGCCGAGGGUUCCAUCACCAAUCCGGUGGAGGAGAGCGAGGGCGGCGGGGACAUUCAGGGAGAUGGCGAUCGCACCCUGGGGGACGCCGACUCGAGCUGCUGCGAGGACGAGAAUCGACCGGCGGAGAAUGGCAGGGAACAGCUGGACAGUCCGGCCGCGUUGCCGACUCCCGAGCCGACGCAGCAAGCGGCGUCGUGCCAGAGCGUCGCCGUCGCGACGCUGCAGGAGGAGAUCACCGCGUUGCGGGCGGAAAUCACGAGUCUGCAGGCGCAACUGGUUCAUUUCAAGAGUCAGAGCAGCAAUCACAGGCAAACGGCGAGCAGCGAUUCGCCGCGUCGAGAACUCCGAACAAGGGGCAACACCAGCUCGCCGGAACCUUUGACGGCGCCGUGCUCGCCGCUCUUGCCACCGCUACAGACACCUCCAACAAAGAGCGUUACGAGGGAGGAACCGCCAGUCCUCAAAAUGGCAGAGAGGGUGCGAUUGAGGAGAACGGACGAGAGGCACAUUACCGGCCCGGACAUUACUAAUUUCGGAGUGUGCUCCACGAUGGUCGCUGAGCAUCUCGUGUCGGAUCUUCUGGAGCAGUCGAACCUACAGGAACUGAACGGCUCCGAGAAGCAGUUUGAGGUCGAGACGGAGCGGUUGAACAGCAGACUCGAGCACGCGCGGGCGAACAACGCGGUUCUCGCGCUUACAUUGCACGAGAGUAAGGCGCAAUGCGAUAGAUUAAGCCUAUUAGUCGGCAAGUACGAGUCGAAUGCUACGGCGUUGCGACUCGCGCUGUCGUACAGCGAUCGCGCGAUCGAGGCCUACGACGUUCUAGUCGCUCUGCUGGAGAGCGAAAUCGCGCUCUCCACCGAGAGAAACAGCGUGACGAUCGAUAACAGGAGGGCGGCCGAGAACGUCGCGUAUCACGUGCUAAACAGACUCGAAAACGACUGUACCAACACGCUGGGCGCACCCUGGGAAGACAGCAUGGUCUUGUCGGACGAAUCGGAAAUAACGUGGAGCGUGGAGGACGAGCAGCGACUCAGGAGGCACAUCGGCAGGCUGAAGGGAGAACGUACGAUGGUCAGGUCGACGGCGGUCGAGCUGGAGAGCGUGCAUGCGGAACCCUUGAACUCGAAGAACACCAUCUCUCUGGCGGAGGCCAGGAAACUCGACUUGGAAACUGCCGUGCUCAUGCAGGAACUAAUGGCUAUGCGAGAAGACAAGGCUGAGUUACGCGCCAGGGUGUUCCUUCUGGAGAAGGAACGCGCCACGAUAGAACUGAAGCUGAACGCGCGCGACACGCAGAUCGCGGCCCAGCACGCCACCAUACAGCACCUUCAGGGCCAGCUGAGCGACGCGGAGGCUAUGCUCGCGAUGGCGACGAACAAGGACCGCGGCCUAAGUGACAACGAGAGCGAGGGAAUGGAGUCGGAGUUGAUCGAAGCGCUGGGCAGGGAGGCGAGGCUGAAGGAGCGCCUGCAGGAAUUGAUCUCAACCCUGGACGAAGUCAACAAGAAUUCCGAGCUCAGGCAUCAGCAGUCCGCCGAACUCGUCAACGACUUGAAAAGAGCUAACGGUGCACUGGUUCAAACUCUCGAGAAAUCCAAGAAGAAAUAUCAGUCAAGGCUGAAGAAGCUGGAGCAACAGAUGCUGGGAAUGGUAGAGAGACACGCUGCGCAGGUGAAAACAUUGAAGCAACGAAUAGCUCUACUGGAGGAGGAAUCGAUGGGCUACAAGGGAAGCAUGGCAUUGCAGUCUCAAAGUUCUGGCGCCAGCGAGACGUCCUUAUGACAAUUGAGUGAUUAAACGACAAAAACGACGUACCGUGCAAGCUUAGUAAUCCAAUAAUUAUUUUUAACAUCCAUCCUGCUCGUUGCGAGGGCAACAUGAUUCAACACAAAAAAAAUGGAGAUCGAACUCACACACGUAUUUUUUUACACCGAAUAGUCGAAAGUAAAGACGCUUAGCUAUUCGCUUUGUAAUUAUAUCGUGGUAUAUAUCGCUGCUGUCCUAACGAGAAUAUAAUUAUAUAAAAAGAAUCGAUUCAGCUAGGCCUACGCAAUGUGUGCAAUUGUGUCGAUACGCGAAAUCGCAAACAGCCUAUUAUAAAAAACAGAUCCUCCAGCACGUCGUAAAUUACAAAUAAUUCAUUAGUUAGUGUAUCGCGCUAUCGUUAAUCGCCGUGUACAUAUGUAUAUUGUAAAAGUAUAAACCACAAGUGUGAUACGUGUAAACUAUAAUGAAAAAUAAACUCUGCUUUAUUAUAGAUAUA